AUGGAAACAAAGUACUUUACUCUGAAAAGUGAACUACUCCAUGAAGAUGAGCAUGCAGCCAUAAUAGAGAUGUUGCAGUCUUCAGAUGCUGAGAGCUCGUCAGACGAUGAUCUUUCUCCUUGUUCAAAAGGACAGCUUUUGCCUGAACCCUCGACUGGUGACUCGUCAGUGUGGAAAGCCGUAGCGAAUCUUAUCAACUUUAUCGAAGGUGUAAGCUUUUUAACUCUGCCCUAUGCACUCAAACAGGGAGGAAUUGGUGCCUUGGUCGCUUUUAUCAUAAUUCCAGUUAUCCUGUGGUAUAUGGGAACUCUUCUAAUUGACUGCCUCUAUGAUAAAGACAAGCGCCAGUGGUUCUGCAUCGCGGGAAUUUUGGUUCUACUAACAACUUUCCUCCAGUCCCUUUCUCAAAUCGCUUGGUUGAGUGUUGUCAGUAUCUUGGGUUUAGUUGUAGUUGUAGUGAGUGUCGUAUGGUAUGGAGCAGAGAAUACGCACAAGUGGAAUUUUAAUUCUCUCCUAUUUUGGAACAGUGAGGGAGCCAUCAAUUCUGUACCCGUAAUAAUGUAUAGUUAUGCUGCAGCUGUGAUUUUUCCUUUUAUAGAGGGUAGUAUGGUCAAGAAAGAAAAUUUUCGCAAAGCAUUAGCUUCGGCUUACAUCGUAAGCGCUUCGACGAAAUUACUCUUUUCUUUGCUUGCAUUUCUUGCAUUUGGCUCUAAAACUAAGGAUGCUGUUAUCAACAAUCUUCCCCCGGGACCUGUUCAUAUGGCAGUUAGUUCCUUUUUCGCAUUCAACUGCGUGCUCUCUUACGUGCUUAAUCUUUUUCCCAUUUUGGAGACAACUCAUAAUUCAGUUAUAACACAUGUUCGGAAUGAUAAAAACCCUAGUUUCUUCACGUAUGCCAUUGUGCGAGUCACCCUUGUUCUUAUGACUGUCGCAGUGGCUAUAUCCAUCCCAAGUUUCUACGUUAUUGUGAUGUUUGCGGGAAGUACAAUGGGAUCUUUCUUGGAGACCAUCUUCCCAUGUGUUUUGCAUUUAAAACUAAGAUACAAGCAGUUACAUUUAUACCAAAUUGUUGUUCAUAUACUUUUGCUAUGUUUCGGGAUAGCUGUAACAAUUCUCGGAGUCGGAUCGUCGAUUAAAACUAUAAUUGAGUUAUAUGAAAUAUAA